AUGGUGCCAUUGGCAUAUCACGAUCACCGCUUUGUGCAUUUAGACAACUCUCAGCAACAAAGUACAAACAAUUCACCUGCAUAUCAAUACACAAGUAAUACACUAAACCAAUGCAAAAGCCAACCUGUGUGCAAAGAACAAUCUCAAAAUACAGUCACAGUAUCCCCAUCAACCUAUAGCAAAAAGGCCCAGAGCUUCUCGACAUUGCCAUCUCCGAUCUCUAAAGGGUUUCAUGGCUCCUAUAGCAGGGCUAUGAAAUCAUCAUCUUCACACUCCAAAUAUCCAGGAACAUCUUCAAAAGAUCCCUACUUGAAAGGUUCAUUUAAUCCCUCUAGGAAAUGCUUAGACUCAACUUUGUCUCACCACAAACCUCAGACAACAUCUUUAUCUAGCUUUACCAAGACUUCAUCUUUGGAAACUAGCCCAAUAUCUCUGAGAUCAAGAUUACCCCCCCAGAAGACUCAGACAUCAUCAAGUAUUGACUUUUGCCGGAAAAUACCCUUAUUGGAGUCUAAACAAAGAGUCUCAACAUCAUCUUCAUCUUCCUCUCAACAUCAAGAAUCACCUUCCCUCAGUGUCUUCUGGGCUUCAUCUUCUUUGGAAUUGGGUCAAAGUGAACUUAACUCAACGGUAUGUAAAACUAAAUCACAGAAGGGCUCCUCAUUGGACUUCCUUUUAUCAUCUUUAUCAGAAUCCAAUCCAAAAGCUUUGACCACACCACCAUUAAACAACAAACUUCACAGAAAUGACUCUAUUCCAACUUCAUCUUCUCUGGAGGGCAAUCGAAUGUCUCACAAUUCACCAUUGUCUGACAGUAAACCUCUGAAAGUUCCUGUAUCAAACUCUAAUAACAAUAUUCUGAAUUUGCCAUUGUCCCAAGUAAAAUCAAGGAAAUCACCUUUAUCAUCACAUUCUGUUCAUCUACCUCAGAAUUUACCAGCAUGCCAGCCAAAGCCUAAAGCAGUGCUCAGAUGUGAUCAUAGAGCCGGGACUCUCCCAUCACCUAUAUGUCACCCCAAGGUCCACAGUACAGCUUCAGCCAAUGACAAACACAAAGCCCGUCAACUAUCCCCAGUUCAUCCUAAACCAAAUCUCUCAGGCCAAAGAGUAUCAAGUCCCAAGCCCUGCAUCAAGAACAAAAAUGCUUUCAUUCCAGGUUCCAAACUACAGAGUAAAGGUAACUGUGAACAAAUUGUGAAGCCAGAACCGGAGAAUGAAAGCACAUGGUCCUUAGAUUAUAGUCAUCCCUGCAUUAUUAAAGGUGGUACUGUCCCUGCUGAUGUUGUAAAUAAAAUUGUCAAUUCUAUCUCCAAGACUACAAUCCAGAAAGACCUCUCUAGGCAAAUUCUCUUUCGAAGAAUGAGGGGAAGGCCAAAUCCUCGUCCUGGUCCCCGACUUUCGUCAACAUACACUGUUUGUUUAGAUUGUGCUUCCUGCGUAAAAUCUCAGUGUAACCACCUUACAGGAAAGAAAGAUCCUCGAUGUGCAACACUCUUUGUCAUACCAACACCUGAGAGCAGCUCUGAUGGAAAAGUAGAUGUGAAAAUGGUUCUUAUCCUUUCUCUACCAGAGACUUCUUCCUCAUCCUGUUACCAACUCCCCAUGAAAGACAGUCAACAUGAAGAAAAUCUAGAAGCCUUAGAUGAAAAUCUUGAAGAAUUAGAGAAGAUAACACAGUUUUUCCCUGAAUCUGAAUCCGAUUUCAUCCAGGGGCUCAAGACAAACAAAAAAUGGUUGGCUGUAUCCGCUGAGGACAAAGAUACAAGCCAAGAGCCCGAGGCAAUAGAUUGGCUGUUCUAUGUCAAAAACAGUAGUAACAUUCACCCCCAAACCCCAGUUCCCGCCCCGUCAUCAUCAUCAUCAUCUUCUUGCUCUUCCAUUUCCUCUUAUUCCUCCUCUUUGUCUAUUGGCUCUCCCUCUUCACCCUCUCCUUGUAAAGAACCUGCUCCACCUCCGCUCUCGGGUUAUGUCGUUGCCAAGGUAAGAAGUUACCACCGGUUACCUCCAGGGGUGUCCUGGCUUGAGUUCAUACGGGGUACAGGUUCUGAAACCACCAAAACAAGACAAACGGCUCCACCCAAAACCAAGCAUGUGAGGACUCGCAACACGAAAUCCAUGAAAAAGGGGAAAAGGGGACCGAACACACUGUUCAGAUAUUUGCAAACAAAGUUCCAAAAUGAGAAAUCCUGA